UGUUUUGCUCAAAGUUCUACUUGUGAACUGUGUUGAUUUUAAUGUACUCAUGCUUUAGUUUGUUCUCUAUUGCAGGCAGAGCAUUAAUUUUUUAUACAAUGGGAAAAGGGGUUGGCAGGUUAGGGCUCAAAGGAAAAAUGGUUUUCUUGGCACUAGCUUUUAUUGUUUUCAUUGAUAGAGUUGAUGGAAAUAUCAAACCAACAAAGAAAAAUUCAGAAGAUGAUAAGAAGGCGGAGCUUCUCAAUAGACCUCCAAUCAAAAGCAUUCAGAGUGAAGAUGGAGAUAUAAUAGACUGCAUUGACAUGCACAAGCAACCUGCUUUUGAUCAUCCUUCCCUGCAGAAUCACAUUAUCCAGAUGAAACCUAGUUAUGAUCCAAUUAUAGAUACAACAAUGAAGAAGGAAGAAUCUUCUAUGGCUGCAAUAUCUCAGUUGUGGCAGAGAAGUGGAAGUUGCCCUGUUGGAACAGUCCCCAUCCGAAGGAUCCAGAAACGUGACCGCCUACUCGGGGCUAAUUCUAUCCAAAAGUACGGCCGAAAAAAUCCGUAUGUUAUCCGUGCUUCUAACAAAACAGAGAACCAAGAUAUUAAGCAUAUCAAGACAAGAACCUCUUAUUAUCCACACGUCAAUCGCUCAGAUGCACUACUUCUUACUCAAGGUUACCACUGUAUAGGGGCUAAGGGAGACAUUAAUGUUUGGAAUCCAAAAGUUGAAUCUGAUGAUGAGUACAGUACAGCCCAAAUAUGGCUUAAAACUGGCCCUUCUUCAUGUUUUGAAAGCAUAGAGUCUGGCUGGGUGGUGAAUCCAAGUUUAUAUGGAGACAGACAGACACGAUUAUUUUCUUAUUGGACUGUUGAUUCAUCAAAAGAAACAGGUUGCUUUGACCUCGUCUGCUCUGGGUUUGUGCAAACAAGCCAUGAGAUAGCGCUUGGUGCCAGCGUUGAUCCUAUAUCUGUAGAACAUGGUCCCCAAUACUAUAUAAGUAUUUACAUCUUCAAGGAUACAAACACUAACAAUUGGUGGCUGCAAUAUGGGGACAAGAUCAACAUAGGAUAUUGGCCUGCUGAGAUACUCGGAUUGUUGAAGCAAAGUGCAACAUAUGUUGAAUGGGGUGGUGAAGUCUACAGUUCUAAGAUAGGGAACCCAAAUCACACAACCACAGCCAUGGGGAGUGGACAUUUUGCUUGGGAUCUGUUUGGCUCUGCGAGCUACAUUACACAUAUUCGGAUCCUAGACUACUCAAUGUCACUGAAGUACCCUUUAUGGGUUUAUGCUUCUUCAGAGGAAGAGUAUUGCUAUAGUGCACUAUUUUAUCAAAGGGGGUACAUAAUGGAGCCACAGUUCUAUUUUGGAGGCCCUGGAUGGAACCCCAUAUUAUGUCCAUGA